AGCACUUAGCACAGAGGGUACAAGCAAGGGUUUUAGCUCCGCCACCAUUUUCUAUAGGAAAUAGGAAUCCUCCCUCAAGCUUCCAAUACACACCCAUGGCAACCGGUUUCCGAUUGUUGGUGAUCCCCACGGCGAGGCCCGUUCUCAGCAAAACCCUCUUCUUCAUGUCCUCGUGUUGGCCUCGCACGCUUCACACGCCAUCAUCGGAGGAGUCCCGAAACGUGAGGGUUUGGGCGUGGUGGGACUUCAAGAGCUGCGCCGUGCCCGGGGGCUUCGACGCCGCCAAAGUCGCCCCCGCAAUAAUGGAGGCCGUCAGAGCCAACGGCAUCAAAGGCCCCCUCAGCAUCACCGCUUUCGGCGACGUUCUGCAACUCCCCCGAUACCGCCAGGAAGCCCUCGCUUACACCGGCGUUCGCUUCACCCACGUCUCCAACGAUGAAAGGAAUAGCGCCGACAUUAUCGUUGACCUAAUGUAUUGGGUUUCCCAAAACCCUCCACCUGCGCAUCUCUUUUUGAUUUCCGGUGAUAGAGACUUUGCUGGCAUUUUGCAUAGGUUGAGAAUGAGUAAUUACAAUAUCUUACUUGCUACACCGGAGAGGACUCCUAGUGUUCUCUGCGGUGCUGCAACAAUAGCGUGGCAUUGGCCUUCCUUGCUUAAGGGAGAAAAUCUUACUGGAAAGCAUUUCAAUUAUCCUCCUGAUGGUCCCUCCGGUUCUUGGUAUGGAAGCUGUAUGGUGAGCCAGCUUGAGAAGCCGCCUGCGCCGUGUUUGCCCAAUGUUGAGGUCUAUGAGCCUUCCUCAGGUUCAGUUCCUAAGUCACUUGUGAGGCAGAUUAGGCAUAUAUUGAGUAUGCAUCCCAAAGGGAUAGGCAUUACUGAGCUUCGUGCUGAGUUGGCAAAAUGUGAUGUGCAGUUGGAUAAGAGUUUGUUUGGACAUAAGAACUUUUCUCGCUUUUUGUUGUCGUUGAAACGUGUUCAGCUUCGGCCUGUUGGCGACGGUAGCUAUUGUGUGCAUUUGGUUUCUUCGGAAUCUGCAGAAUCUUUUGAGAGCAGUUCUGUGGCGUCAAAUGUGUCUGGUGUUGGGAAUGGGGAUAGAGGACGUGCAGCGGCUGUGAAGCCAAAUGGUGAUGAUAAAAGUGAGGUUAGGGAUGCAGAAGAGACAUCCUUGAUCUCCACUUGCCUUGAAAGGAGUUCGGAUGAUGAUUUAAAAUCUUUCCAACCAGGGCCUCCACAGGGGAGACCCAAUGAGGAAAUUGUGGAUGGUAAAUCAUCAUCUUCUGUAGUGGUUGAAGGCCAUGUUUGUCAGCCCCCAAAUGAAUUGCAGAAAUCUUCUGUGGCUAAUGCGCAACAGUCAAAGACUCAACAGCCACCCAAGGACAACAAAGAUUCCAAAACAAAGAUGGAUUCCUUACAAAUGACAUCUCAAAAAUCUGAUAAUGACAUUGUUAAGUCUGAGGAUGCAAGUCAUAAAAGUAUGGAAAAGCUUAUAACUUCAGAGAAUCACCCUGCUGGAAAUGUUCACAAGAUGGUGGAAAACAAUGUUAUUGCAAAUUAUGAGUCUGGAUAUUUUGAAGCAAAGAACAAAUAUGAGAAAUCAUCAUCUUCUGUAGUGGUUGAAGGCCAUGUUUGUCAGCCCCCAAAUGAAUUGCAGAAAUCUUCUGUGGCUAAUGCGCAACAGUCAAAGACUCAACAGCCACCCAAGGACAACAAAGAUUCCAAAACAAAGAUGGAUUCCUUACAAAUGACAUCUCAAAAAUCUGAUAAUGACAUUGUUAAGUCUGAGGAUGCAAGUCAUAAAAGUAUGGAAAAGCUUAUAACUUCAGAGAAUCACCCUGCUGGAAAUGUUCACAAGAUGGUGGAAAACAAUGUUAUUGCAAAUUAUGAGUCUGGAUAUUUUGAAGCAAAGAACAAAUAUGAGAAAUCAUCAUCUUCUGUAGUGGUUGAAGGCCAUGUUUGUCAGCCCCCAAAUGAAUUGCAGAAAUCUUCUGUGGCUAAUGCGCAACAGUCAAAGACUCAACAGCCACCCAAGGACAACAAAGAUUCCAAAACAAAGAUGGAUUCCUUACAAAUGACAUCUCAAAAAUCUGAUAAUGACAUUGUUAAGUCUGAGGAUGCAAGUCAUAAAAGUAUGGAAAAGCUUAUAACUUCAGAGAAUCACUCUGCUGGAAAUGUUCACAAGAUGGUGGAAAACAAUGUUAUUGCAAAUUAUGAGUCUGGAUAUUUUGAAGCCAAGAACAAAUAUGAGAAAUCAACUGGAAAGGAGGUUGAUGAAGUUUUUCACAACCCAUCUUCUUUACCAGUUGACGACUCUAUAGUUGUCCAAAGACCUGGUGGAAGCGCUGAAACUAAUAGCAGAAGUCCAACAUUCUUUAGCUGGUUUAGAAGUUGGUGGCCAUUUGGGAAAAACAAUGCAAAGUAUGACAAUUUGACCGCUCAUCAGAACAAGGUGGUUAGUGAAGUUGAGGAUUCCAAGUUAUCUGAACUGGACCAGUCUGUUCGUCAAUUUGAAGAGCCCAAGUCAACAGAACUGAGUCAGAAUGUUAGUCAUAUUGAGGAUUCCAAAUUAUCUGAACUGGACCAGUCUGUUCGUCAAUUUGAAGAGCCCAAGUCAACAGAACUGAGUCAGAAUGUUAGUCAUAUUGAGGAUUCCAAGUUAUCUGAACUGGACCAGACUGUUCGUCAAUUCGAAGAGUGCGAGUUAUCAGAACAGAAUCAGAAUGUUAGUCAUUCCAGAAAGCCCAAGUUAUUUUCUAGUGCUUCCUUUUGGAAUGAAAUGGAAUCAUUUAUUUUUGCGCCGAAAGCAUCACUUCUUUUCUCCCAAUCAAGAAGCAGGGAGGAUGUGGUGCAUAGAUUACAAAGUGGCGGUCCCCUGGUUCUUAGAUCACUCCCCAAAAAAGAUAUCCUUCAUUUGGUGGAAUUGUUAAUAAUAGAGAAAAAAUGGUUGGAAGAAAGCCCCUCCCGAAUAUUUCCUUUUAAGCUAACUCAACCUGUUCAGAAGAAUUCAUUGAUGGACCAAUCUCAUGGUGCAAAUGGUUUGAGAUCUCUCUUUCUAAGCAGAACAUCACAGUCGAACUUGCAAAAGUCAGUAGAACAUGAUGUGGAGAAACACAAUCAGAGUAUUUCUCAUUCUCAAGCUUCUGCUCCAGUCACUGAAACAAUAUAUAUUAAGAGAUCAAGAUAUGAUAUAUUAGGAGACUGUCAGAAACUUGUGAGUGAGAUACUGAGGGAACAUCCCGAGGGAUAUAAUAUUGGUUGUUUCCGAAGACUAUUUGUUGAUAGGUAUGGCUAUCAUCUUGAUAUAAAGAAACUUGGUUAUCAAAAGUUGGCAGCCUUGCUACAGAUAAUGCCUGGGGUUAAAUUAGAGUCUACUUAUAUUUUUCCUUCUGUGACUACUGUCUGUGAUUCUGACUCCGAAACGUCUACCCUCAAAACUCAAGCAACCACUGAUAGUCAUGCAGCCUCUAACUCAGACAGUGAAUUAUCUGAGUCAGCCCUGAAACAUGCUAACAAUGAAUCUUCAUGGGACGAGUUAGGUCCUGUUUCUUUCAACAAAUCCAACAUGAGUGAUUUGGAAAUAAAGUCAAGUCAGAAAGCUAUAGAACUGGAUACAUCAAAGUCAAAGCAUCCUGAUUAUGAACCUGUAUUCUCAGAUGAUGAGUCUUCUGCAUCUGAAGGAGAGAGCUCUUGUUUAUCUCAAUCAGAAGAGCAAAGAAAGCCAAAAUGUAAUGAACAAAACAGUUCUUUUUGGCAAGCUAUGGAUUUGUGGCACAGCAACAAGGAAGGAGAGAAUAGUGUCAAGAACUCAGACAAGUAUGACAGCUUGGGUGUUUCUCUGACUGGUAUUUUAGAUUCAUCCACUGAGUUGACCAAGGAUACUCAUUCCAAAAUUCCUUCCUCGAAUUACAGAGAGAAUAGUGUCAAGAAACCAGACAAUGUUGAGAGCUUGGAUGUUUCUCUGGCUGACAUUUUUAAUUCAUCCACUGAGUCGACCAGUAGUACACUUUCCAAAAUUCCUUCACCGAAUAAAGGAGAGAAGCAAAGAUCUGAAAAGAAAUAUUCGUUUGUUGCUGAUCCAGUCUUACCUAACAAGGACAAGCUGGUUGAUGGCUUCAAGAAAACAGAUGAGUCAAAUAUGCAAAACUAGUUCUUUAUGCAAGCAGGAUCUGGGUCCUAUAAUUCCAUGAUAAGAAAUUUGGGAUUCUCAUAAUUCAACAUUAUAGAUAGAAUGCAAUGGUGAUACAGUUCUUUAUAGUUUAUAUCAAGGAAUUGCAGAUUUAGCUGGCCAUUUCCCUGAUAUUUUAGUUGAGGAAGAUUCCGAUGGUUGCUAGUUGCAACUCCGAAAUUCUCUAGGUAAUAUGAAAUUCUUUACUGCUGGAACAGUUGAGUUUUGGUCUUUUACGUGCUGUAUUGGCAGGUGAUCGUAGCAGGGUUAUGAUUCAUAACAAUCUUUCGAAGGAGCAAGAUCCAUUAGACAUGGUAUCCUAUUAAAUUCCUUUAAGGGCUUAUAUCCCUUUCCUUUUC